AUGAGCUUUCAUAGCCGUCUUGCGCCCAAGAAAGGGGCGUGGUUCGCAGACUGGGCCCCCUCAAAGCGCCCCAUCGAGCUGCCCCUUCCGAAGCUAGAGUACGAUUCUCAUUUCGAAGUCUGGGAGUGGAGAUUCAGGACUUUACUCAGGCACAACUCACUUUUAGCAUUCAUCGAUGAACCAGGGCCAUCAGUCACUUCAGACCCCAAGAACAAUGAGCAACGGGAGGAACUAGCUGCAGCCACACACUGUCUUGCGCUUCUGGGAUCAUGCAUCUCCGAGCAUAUCCUAGCCCAUCUCCUGACCCUCACACCAUAUUACAAGGUCCUUGACGACCCUUAUAUUCUCUUCAGGGAGGCCAAGAAACAUGUCAAUGAUGUACAGGACCUUUGGAAGGAAACCACCAAUCCUGAAUUCUGGGGCCUUUUUUCGGGACAAGAUGGCCAAUUUCGGACAGUCAAACAGCUCUUCGCCAAACUGGAAGACGUUCGCAACAAGACUUACACGAAGAAGAGCUGGCGCACGUUCAUCUUGAUGGCAGCAUUGCUUACCAAGAGGAAUUUCCCGCUCUGCCUUCCUCACUCUGUUCAGAAAUACAUUGACAGAGAAAAUGAUCCGAAGGUUCCGAAGGUUGAUGUAGGCGAGAAAGAGUGGAAUGAUAUGAGGUCUGAGAUGAUGAAUGCGACAUGCCAGUGUGGCUGGCUAGCUAGAGCCUAG